AUGCAGCUUGACCAUGGCGACCGACGGCCCUCCCAGCGACUGCCCGUCAAUCCCCGGCGGCACAAGGUAGCCCCUGAGCAGCGGAAGCGCGUGGCGACUGCAUGCAACUCGUGCAAUGUGCGCCGCAUCAAGUGCUCGGGCGACCGCCCCUGCAACCAAUGCGCCUCCACCGCCCGCGACUGCGUCUACCCCGUCCUCGUCGAAAAGGUGUCGGUCCCCAAGAGCGAGCUGGACGAGCUCAAGAAAAAGGUCGAGGUCUACGAAAAGGCCCUCCAGGACGCCCUGCCCGACCCGACCCGCCGCCAGGAGCUGCUUCACCACGCCGCGAGCCCCGACUCGUCCUCGUCCACCAGCCCCUACCCCAGCAGCGCCCUCCACGGCGCCAACAGCGGCAGCCAGCACCUCUCGGGCGCGAGCUCCAUCAAGACGGAGCCCACCGACGAUGACGGCCACCAGGUCCUCAGCCCCGGCAGGCUCCUCCAGGACGCCGACGGCAUGGGCCGCUACGUCGGCGAGACGAGCGGCGCCACCUUUCUCGACCACCUCAAGGAGCUCAUGGGCGCCGUCAUGCCAAUGACGCAGCCCGCCGCCGCCGCCCUGGGCUCGGGCGACUCGUUCCUGUCGAGCCUCGGCAGCUGCAUCACCUACGACUCGCGCCCGCUCCUCAAUGGCCCGCCCGACGAGGUCAACCCGCUGUGGCUCCCGCCCGACAGCACCGUCGCCGUCGUGCUCUCGGAGCUGCGUUACUUUAUCCAGGACGGCGGCGGUCGCUGGCCCUCGGGCGGCAUCUACUGGUGGGGCGACCUCGACGCAAUGCCGAUGCGAGCGCCGUCGCCUCCGCCGCUGGCCACCGAGGUCGACCUCAACGACUACCGACACCUCGCCUUCUACCACGCCGCCCUGGCCGUCGCCUGCCAGAGCACGACGACGCAACCACCGCCGAGCUCAGACUCGAAUCAGUCGCUGAGCGAGCCGUACUUUGCGCGCGCCGCUCUGCUGCUAGGCAACCCCCUCGACAUCAAGCGCCGCACCAUCGGCGAUGUGGCCUCGCUGGCCAUGAUGGGCUUCUACCUCAUCGAGACGAAUCGCCCGGACGCGGCGUACAUGUACGUGGCGGCGGCGAUGCACAUUAGCAUCAUGCUGGGCGCACAUCGCGGAUGGGUCGACGAGAGAGGAAAGAGGGUCUUUUGGUCUGUCUACGCGCUCGACCGGUGGCUGAGCUGCCUCAUGGGCCGACCGCCGACCAUUACCGACGACGCCAUCCAGCUGCCCCUGCCGGCGGAUGCUCCAUCCAUGCCUCCCGCCUACGGCCUCAGGGCGCACGUCGAACUCUCACGCAUCUCGGGCCACGUCGUUGGCAACACGUACCACGGCGCCAAGGGCGGCGCCGGCAGCGAAGCGGGCGCGCGGCAGCCGGACAAUGCCAUCUGGAUGCUCGAGCAGUGGCAGUCGUCGCUGCCGCCACCGUUGCGGCUCGGAUCCAACGGGCUCAGCAACGACCCGGCCGUGUGCAUGCUGCACAUGCGGUACAACCAGCUCCUAAUUGUGGCGAUCCGCCCGCUCUUCUUCUCAGCGGUCAAGCGUGCCGUGGCGGAGCGACUCAUGGCGCAGCCGCCUCCGUCAACGGCAGCGACCAACUCGGAGCACCACCUGGGUCACCUGCGCUGCUGCAUCGCGGCGGCAGCGCGCAACAUGCGGCUGGCACGGCAUGCCAUCACGCUCAACGGCCACCGCAAGCUCCUGCACGCGGGGCUCCACUUCAUCUUCAACGCCGGGGUGUGCCUCAUCCUAAGGCGGCUCGUCGUGGCGCCGGGCGAGCAGGACGACGAGGACCUGCGGCCCCUGCACGGCGGAGUCGAGUUUGCCAUUGAAAAGAUGCUCGAGGCGAGCCGGACGGGCAACAGCGACGGGCGGAGGUGCGCGGAGACGCUGCGCGACCUCGGGGUACUGGUGAGCCGGCUGACGGCGCCGACGGCGGUGACGCCCACGGACCCGAUGCUCGGCGGCACGGGGCCCAGCAUGCACGCCGGCGGCAGCAUGGCACCGCUGCUGGCCAUGACGUCGCAGGAGCUGCCGGUGCCGCCGCCCAUGCCCGUCGGCGAGGACCAGGUGCUCUACGACGAGCUGAUGACGUGGAUGGGCGACGACUGGCCGUUGUACAACGGGUACAUAAACGAGUGA